AUGGAUGACCUGCAAAUCGGGGAACAGAGGCCAUCGCAGCUAUUCAGACGGAUGGCCGAGGCAGGCAAAAAUGCAGGUGUAGCAUUGUCCACGGUAAAGAUGCUAUGGCUAAGGAGAUUACCCACACCCGUAAGAACAGCUUUAGUGGCUCACGAACAGUUAGACGCGGAAAAACUCGGGGCGAUUGCGGAUAAGGUACAUCAGACCAUCAAACAGGGGGUUAUAGCUGAAGUAAAAGAAGAGUCAAAGGAUAGCAGCCUGAUACAUGAGAUAAAGAAAAUGACGGAGAAUUUCGAGCAGCUGCGCGGCGAGGUACAGCAAAUCAGAAGCCAAGAGAGGCCAAGAACAAACUGGUCAGCAGGCAGAGGAGCCACAACGUCAUUCAGACCUCCACAACAACGGCAACGGAGAAGGUUAUGCGCAUACCACCAGCGAUUCGGAAAGUUCGCGAGGAACUGUCAGCAACCCUGUGACUGGAGAAGCAGACCACCACCCCCCCCUGUCGGUUAUCAGCGGCAAGGUCCAGCGAGUUGGCAAGGAAAACAGGAAAACUAA